GUCACAUCUCCGCUCCGCCACCUUAUAGGAAAGAUCGUCUCUUGCCUAAUGAUGGGUUCUUUUUUUGUUUUUAGAAGUUUCUGAGACCAAAUCGAGAACAAGGUCCGCUUUGUAAUCGAAUUUGGAUCCCUGAUCGGAGGCCCACCAUGCUGCCGUCAGCAGAAAUUCAGAAGAUGAACAUGGCCGGUUAUAAAGGUUUCCUGUUCCCAUUCGGCCACAGAUACUGAGCUGGGGAGAUCGGCCACAGAUUCUGAGAGAGAGAGAGAGAGAGAGAUGGGUACGGAGGUUGCGGCAGCGGAGACGGCGACGGUGGGGAAGGAUCACGGCCACGUUGGGUGCUGCAAGGGGGGACCUGGGUACGCAACACCGCUCGAGGCCAUGUCUGGUCCCAGGGAGUCUCUCAUCUAUGUCACUUGCGUCUACACAGGGACAGGGAGGGAGAAGCCCGACUAUCUGGCGACUGUUGAUGUGGAUCCAAACUCAGAAACAUAUUCAAAAGUUGUCCAUAGGCUGCCUAUGCCUAAUGUAGGUGAUGAGUUGCAUCAUUCUGGGUGGAAUGCUUGCAGCUCUUGCUAUGGAGAUGCACUGGCAGUGCGGCGCUAUCUUGUCCUGCCUUCGCUAAUAUCUGGACGCAUAUAUGCAAUCGACACGCAAAAGAACCCUAGGGCUCCUGCUUUGCAUAAAGUCGUCGAGCCUGCAGAUAUCCUACAGAAGACUGGAUUAGCAUAUCCACACACCGCGCAUUGCCUUGCUUCGGGUGAUAUAAUGGUCUCGUGCCUUGGGGAUAAAGAUGGAAAAGCUGAAGGGAAUGGGUUUCUUCUUCUCGACUCAGACUUCAAUGUGAAAGGAAGGUGGGAGAAACCGGGGCACGCUCCUCUGUUUGGCUAUGACUACUGGUACCAACCCCGGCACAAGACCAUGAUCAGCACAGCGUGGGGAGCCCCUGCAGCAUUCACCCAAGGUUUCAACCUGCAGCAUGUCUCGGAUGGUCUUUAUGGGCGCCAUUUGCACGUUUACAGCUGGCCGGAUGGUGAACUGAAACAGACUUUGGAUCUUGGCAAUACAGGGCUUCUGCCCUUAGAGAUAAGGUUCUUGCAUGACCCCUCCAAAGAUACCGGGUUCGUUGGGUGUGCCUUAACCAGCAACAUGGUGCGAUUUUUCAAGACCCCAGAGGGAUCAUGGGAUCAUCAGAUCGCUGUAGCAGUGAAACCACUGAAGGUGCAAAACUGGAUUCUUCCUGAAAUGCCUGGGCUUAUAACUGAUUUCUUGAUUAGCCUCGACGAUCGCUAUCUCUACUUAUCGAACUGGCUUCAUGGAGAUAUUCGACAGUACAACAUUCAGGACCCCAAGAACCCCAUCCUGGCCGGGCAAGUGUGGGUCGGGGGGUUGAUUCAAAGAGGAAGUUCAGUUUCAGCUCAAGCUGAAGAUGGCACUGCUUACCAGGUUGAUGUCCCGGAGAUCAAGGGAAACCGGUUGAGGGGAGGGCCACAGAUGAUCCAGCUGAGCUUAGACGGGAAGCGACUCUAUGUCACCAACUCGCUCUUCAGCACUUGGGACCGCCAGUUUUAUCCUGAACUCGUGGACAAAGGGGCCCACAUGCUGCAAAUCGAUGUGGAUACUGAGAAAGGGGGACUGUCCAUCAAUCCAAACUUCUUCGUGGACUUUGGAUCCGAGCCAGAGGGUCCUUCCCUGGCUCAUGAGAUGAGGUAUCCUGGUGGUGACUGCACUUCUGAUAUCUGGAUAUAAGCUGCCGCCUGCCGCUGCCUCAGCAUUCUGUUAGUAAACAGGUUACAUUUUACUAUGUUUCUGGAGCCAAACCUUGGAGUUGUCGAACUGUUUCAAGCAUUUGGCACUGGUGGAAGUGUUUGAUGUCUACUAUAUAUAUAGUUUAUGCUUGAGAAACUGCAGGUAUAUAGGUGAUAUGUAAAGAUACAAUCUCCAGAAACUGAUGAGUUUCAGAAUGUCUAUCCAGAACAGUUGAAUCUUAAAUGGGUGUCAGAAUCUCUUUUAAGACCCGAAUCCAACACUAGGAUUAGAAACC